CGACAGCCAGAACAGCCGUCAAGGUGAGAUUCAACCGCCGCCGCCGUCACGAUCGACUUAUUGUCGUUCUCUGGAUUGAUUGCUGACUUAGAUUUCUGUAAAGAUGGUCGCCGCAAAGAAGCACGUUCCUAUCGUGAAGAAGCGCACGAAGCUCUUCAACCGCCACCAGUCGGACCGCUUCAUGCGCGUUGACCGAUCAUGGCGCAAACCCAAGGGUAUUGACAACCGUGUCCGCCGUCGCUUCAGGGGCAACACCCAAAUGCCCUCGAUCGGCUUUGGUUCCAACAAGAAGACCAAGUACAUGAUGCCCUCCGGCCACAAGGCUUUCCUCGUCAGCAACGUCAACGACGUCAACCUACUGCUGAUGCACAACCGCACCUACGCUGCCGAGAUUGCCCACAACGUCUCCUCGAGAAAGCGUAUCGACAUCAUCUCCCGCGCGAAGCAGCUUGGUGUCAAGGUCACGAACCCCAAGGCCAAGGUCACCACCGAGGUCUAAGCAAACAAAGCCAGGAAUGGUGGCGUGGAAUCAGCUAUUCGGGGCGAAGGGGGUCAAUGGUUUUGGCCGGUCACUUGCGUUGUGCUCUCUCAUAUACAGGGAACGGGAAUGCAUCGGAAUACGGUUUCUGCUGCGGCGAUGAUUCAGGGCUGCGGCUUGGCAUGGCUCGUACCGUUGUGCUAGGAAAUACAAAAAACAAAACACAACCGCAGCCACAACCCAAAAAUUCAACGACUUGAUGUUCUUUUCAGGGCGUGUUCUCAUUACUUACGUCUGAUAUUGACAAAGACACAAAAAUGGCGUUGGAUGGGGGGCAGGGAAAAACAGAAUCCUUCAUAUGCUCGGCAAUUCGAGAAUAUCACCAACCCCUUUGGCCCUGUUACUCGUCGUCACCCUCCCGUGCAUAAGUGAAAGACAUUGACAAUGCCAUGUACUAAACAACGCGCUUGCCCAUAAGAUCUCAGACC